UUUAUCUUGUGUUUUCAGCAAUCUUUAAAUGCUCCGUCCCAGUAAGCAAACUGACAGCAUAGGAGACAAACUCAACCGACAAGAUGAAUCAGCAAAGCCCUAAAAAUGGAAUUGCUACGCCUUCAUUUCUAGUUGUGAGUGAACGAGAGUGACAUUAGGGCUUUAUAUUUAUCACUAUUCAACCUACAGCUGGGAGUAAUUGAAAUUCAAAAAAUGGGAGAGGAGCAAGGGAAGAAGGUGCUGGAGGAUGGAUGGUUGGCUGCUCGAUCCACCGACGUUGAACUCACCGGAAUACAACUGACGACUACUCAUCCGCCUUCGUCUGAUGCUUCACCUUGGAUGCCUGCUGUCAUUCCUGGAACUGUUUUGGCAACCCUUUUAAAGAACAACCUCAUCCCAGAUCCUUUCUAUGGGAUAAAUAAUGAAGCAAUUAUGGACAUUGGUGAUUCAGGGAGAGAAUACUACACCUUUUGGUUUUUCACAACUUUUCAGUGUAAGCUGUCAAGUGGUCAACAUGUUGAUCUUAAUUUUGGUGGAAUCAAUUACUCUGCUGAAGUAUACUUGAAUGGACAUCAAACCAUUUUGCCAAAGGGAAUGUUUCGCAGACAUUCAGUUGAUGUGACUGAUAUUCUUCUUCCUGAAGGUCAAAAUAUGCUUGCAGUUCUUGUCCACCCACCUGAUCAUCCUGGUAAAAUUCCUCCUCAGGGAGGCCAAGGGGGUGAUCAUGAGAUUGGGAAAGAUGUUACUACACAAUAUGUUCAAGGCUGGGAUUGGAUGGCUCCCAUAAGGGAUAGGAACACUGGCAUUUGGGAUGAGGUAUCCAUCACUGUUACUGGGCCUGUAAAAAUAGUAGAUCCUCAUUUGGUUUCAUCAUUCUUUGAUGGCUACAAGAGGGUUUAUCUGCAUGCUACUGCAGAAUUAGUAAACAAAAGUGCCAUGUCAGCAAACUGUUCCUUGAAAAUUCUAGUGUCAACCGAACUCGAUGGAAAUACCAAUUUGGUUGAACAUCUUCAGACACAGAAUUUGUCAAUCCCUGCUCAAUCCAACAUCCAAUAUACAUUUCCUCAGAUGUUUUUGUACAAACCAAAUUUAUGGUGGCCAAAUGGCAUGGGAAAGCAAUCUCUUUACAAUGUUGAAAUUGGUGUUGAAGUUGAUGGUUAUGGAGAGUCUGAUUCAUGGAGUAAUCAUUUUGGGUUCCGAAAAAUUCAUAGUGAAAUCGAUACUGUCACUGGUGGAAGGCUGUUUAAGGUGAAUGGAGAGCCUAUAUUUAUUCGUGGUGGAAAUUGGAUUCUUUCUGAUGGUUUGCUGAGGCUUUCAAAGAAGCGUUAUGAAACAGACAUCAAGUUUCAUGCAGAUAUGAACUUUAACAUGUUAAGGUGUUGGGGUGGUGGAUUAGCUGAAAGAUCUGAUUUUUAUCACUAUUGUGAUAUUUAUGGUUUGCUGGUUUGGCAAGAGUUUUGGAUCACCGGAGACGUAGACGGGAGAGGGGACCCGGUUUCAAACCCUGACGGCCCACUAGACCACAACCUUUUCUUAUUAUGCGCACGCGACACCGUCAAGCUUCUAAGAAACCACCCCAGUCUAGCUCUCUGGGUCGGAGGAAACGAACAAACCCCACCCGAUGACAUCAACACCGCCUUAACAACCGACCUAAAACUCCACCCGUUUUAUCUCAAAUCCAAUUCCAAUUCCACUUCCACAACAUCAAAAGACGAAACUACCCUUACUUUGAUGGACCCGAGUCAAUAUCUAGAUGGAACUCGGGUUUACAUAAAAGGGUCGUUAUGGGAAGGGUUUGCAGAUAGUAACGGGGGUUGGACGGAUGGACCUUACGAGAUUCAAAACCCUGAGGAUUUUUUUAAAGAUGAGUUUUAUAACUACGGGUUUAACCCUGAGGUUGGGAAUGUGGGGAUGCCAGUUGCGGAUACUAUUAGGGCGACUAUGCCUGAGGAAGGAUGGGUGAUUCCAUUGUUUAAUGAGUUGGAGAGUGGUUAUGUUGAGGAAGUGGCAAAUCCUAUUUGGGUGUAUCAUAAAUACAUUCCUUACUCCAAACCAGGAAAAGUACAUGAUCAGAUAUUGAUGUAUGGGAAACCCAAGGAUCUUGAUGAUUUUUGUCUCAAGGCUCAAUUGGUGAACUAUGUUCAAUACAGAGCAUUAUUAGAAGGAUGGACAUCGCGUAUGUGGAGUAAAUACACAGGUGUUUUGAUAUGGAAAACUCAAAAUCCAUGGACAGGUCUUCGAGGUCAGUUUUAUGAUCAUCUUCAUGACCAAACAGCCGGAUUUUAUGGCUGUCGUCAUGCUGCAGAGCCAAUACAUGUCCAAUUAAACCUUGCAACUUAUUUCAUAGAGGUGGUGAACACUACAUCUGAGGAACUUGCUGACGUGGCAAUCGAGGUAUCCGUGUGGGACCUCGAAGGAACAUGUCCUUACUACAAAGUAUCCGAAACCCUUUCAAUCCCUUCGAAAAAAACCGUAUCUCUAUUUGAAAUGAAAUACCCAAACUCCAAAAACCCUAAACCCGUCUACUUUCUUCUCCUCAAACUCUACAACACAUCAAAUUCCCAUAUAAUCUCACGUAACUUCUACUGGCUACACCAACCCAACACUGGUGAUUACAAACUCUUGGAACCAUACAAAAAGACAAAAAUACCCCUCAAGUUGACUUCUGACAUUUCCAUUAGCGGGUCGACCUAUAACGUCCGCGUAAAAGUAAAGAACAAAUCAAAGAAACCCGAACCCGUAACUUUACUCGACAAAAACAAAUUCAUGGAAACAAAUUUGGAUUGUGAUUUUGAUGAGGUGGAUAAGAAUAAGAAUAAGAAUAAGAAAAAGGAAAUUGGUUUGUUUAAGAAGGUUUAUGGUUUAUUGAAAGAAGAUGAUGAUGGUGUUAGAGUGUCGGAAGUAAAUGGUUCGGGGGUUGGAGUGGCUUUUUUUCUUAAUUUUUCGGUUCGGGGUUCGGGGAAGGGUUUUGAGAAAAAGGGUGAUAAGAGGAUUUUACCGGUUCAUUAUUCGGAUAAUUAUUUUUCGUUGGUUCCUGGUGAGGAGAUGACGGUUAAUAUUUCUUUUGAAGUUCCGGAAGGUGUGACGCCACGUGUUUCGCUUCGUGGGUGGAAUUACGAUGGUGGACAUACUGUUCGUUAAAAUGGGGAAUAAAUUCAAGGAU